CCUCGUUGUCCUCCUUCCGGCUCAUGCGCCACUGAGCUUGCCUUCAAGGUCGGUGAGGGCUCUAGCGACACUAGUCUAGAGCUCGUCACCAAUGUCACCAUCUCUGAGGUGGAGGUCAAGGAGAAGGGUGGCAAGUACUGGGUGGGGCUCAAGGAGUCGUCGACUAACACCUGGACGCUGAAAAGUGAGGCGCUGCUCAAGGGCUCCUUCUCCGUCCGCUUCCUUGUCAAGAACGGCAGCUACCAUGUCAUCGACAACGUCAUCCCUGAAAGCUUUACAGCUGGCACUGAAUACAAGAAUGGCAUCAACCUCUAAUUAAUAGACAUACGUGCUCUUGUGUUGGGUCGCAUGGGAAUUAUUAACCUCUAAAUAAUUAUGUUUUAGAAGAUAUCAUGCCGUGUGUGAGUGAGCAAGCAAUUAAUUUCCCAUGAUUAUUUUGUGGUAAUAGGCCAGUGGCAAAAUAAGGCAUAAAUGUGUUCUUCCAAAAUAUUGUUGUGGGGCUAUAUAUAAGCAUGAUUUUGAAUAUAUAUAUUGUUUAUAGAGGAUGCA